AUCGCGGUAACAUCAGGUGGCCGCUCGUCAAGCGCUGUCGAUGAAGAGAUCACGAUUGAUCUUUCACGACUGUCUCGAAUCCAACUCAGCGAUGAUCAUAAGAGUGUCUCCAUUGGACCCGGUGCGACAUGGGGAGACGUCUACUCAAAGCUGGAGCCCUUGAACUUGACAGUGUCCGGAAGCAUGUCCGCCCAGGAUAGAGUCGGAGGCUUUGUCCUCGGGGGCGGGUUGUCGUGGUUCUCAAACCAGUACGGCUGGGCCUGUGAUAAUGUUCUGGAGUUUGAAGUCGUAACUCCUCUUGGUCGUAAGCUCUGGGCCAAUAUGGACUUGAAUCAGGGACUAUUCUGGGCUCUCAAAGGCUCUAGCGGUGCACUCGGAAUCGUGACGAAGAUCACAGUGCCAACAAUACACAAUGGAGUCAUCUAUGGAGGCGCCUUGACCUUCGAAGCGGUGCAUCUUCCACGCCUUCUUCAAGGGAUAGAAGACCUCGCUGGUUCGGCGCUUGACGAUUCUUCCAACUCGGAGCUGGCCGACAUCGACAGUCUACCUGGGACUCGACGCACGUAUUUCACGCUUACAAUACGACUGAACACGAAAGCCAUGCACACGAUCCAUGAUGCCGCGCUCGUAGCUGCACGAGACAUGGGCAUCGACGCGAACGAAACUUGCCGAGUCCUGUUUCAGCCCAUCACCAUUCCCCACCUGCUGGCAUCCUACCGAAAGAACGUCUUUGAUCUCAAUGCGGCGCAUGGACCUCUCCUUUUGAUCUCCGUCAAGAUGACCUGGGUUGAACCUGAGAGAGACGAGCACUUCAACCACAAAACGACGGCGCUGCGACGACUUAUCGAGGAGAAGAUGAAGCGCAUGGAGGCGUUGGAAGACUUCAUUCAUCCUCUUUACGCUGCGAGCGAUCAGGACCUAUUCGCACAGGAGGAGUGGAAGACAUCACCAAACGGAAGAAUGUUGAAGGCGGUCGCGAGAGAAUAUGACCCUGAUGAAGUAUGGAGCAAGAUGGUGCCUGGAACUUGGCAUGUUUGA